AUGUACUCAGUUCCCCCACAGAUCCACCCGUUCAAUUUCGGCGACGAAGCUAUAAACUCUGGGGAUUUAGUAACCGCCACGUGUGCAGUAUCAAAGGGAGAUUUUCCGCUGAAAAUAAGGUGGACGUUGAACGGAAAAACCGUUAAUAAGUUCGAAGGAGUCGUGGCUGCAAAUACUAAUAAGAAAGUGAGCCAAUUGACGAUAGAGUCUGCUACAGCUCACCAUUCCGGAGAGUAUGUUUGUAUUGCUGAGAAUAACGCUGGGAUUGUCAAGCACUCUGCCUAUUUGAACGUUAACGUACCCCCUCAAAUACUUCCAUUCAAUUUUGGAGAAGACUCAGUUAAUUCAGGCGACGUGGCAUCCUUACAGUGUACAGUCUUCAAAGGAGAUUUUCCCCUAAACAUCACUUGGUUACAUAAUAACAGGAGUAUCGGCAUCGACGACAAAAUUUUGAUUUCGCAAAACGGAAAGAAAGUUAGCAGUCUUACUAUAGAGUCAGUAAGUGAAGAGCACAUAGGAAAAUACUCGUGCUUGGUUCAAAAUUCCGCAGGAUCUUCAGUUUUUUCAGUUGAUUUGAAUGUGAAUGUGUCUCCCCAAAUUCUCCCUUUUAACUUUGGGGAAGAAUCUGUAAAUUCGGGCGAUGUAGCUUCCCUUACUUGCACGGUCUAUAAAGGAGACUUCCCUCUAAAUAUUACCUGGCUGCACAAAAACAAAACUAUUGGCUACAAUAGUGGCAUACUCAUUUUACAAAAUGGAAAAAAAGUCAGUAGUCUUACUAUUGAGUCUGUAAGUGAGGAUCAUGCUGGAGUCUAUACUUGCCUAGCACAAAAUACAGCGGGAUCUGCCAGUUUUUCUGUGGAACUAAACGUUAAUGUUCCUCCAAUCAUAACUCCAUUUGAUUUUGGAGAAGAAACGGUUAAUUCCGGGGACUACACAUCUACCCAAUGUUCAGUACAUAAAGGAGACUUGCCUCUUACCAUAACUUGGUACCAUAACAACAGAAGUCUCACGGAAAAUGACGGAAUUCAGAUCACUAAGGUCGGCAAAAAAGCUAGCUCUAUCACCAUAGAAUCUGUAAAAGAACAACACUCAGGAACGUACACCUGUGUUGCCAAAAACAAAGCUGGGGUUUCAGAAUUUUCCACUAUCCUUAGUAUCAAUGCUAUCCCUCAAAUUUUACCUUUUAACUUUGGCGAGGAGUCCGUCAACUCGGGAGACGUGGCGUCAUUGCAAUGUACAGUCUUCAAAGGAGAUCUGCCGAUUAAUAUCACUUGGUUUCAUAACAGCAAAAGAAUCGAGUACGGUGACGGGAUCGUCAUUUCCCAAGUCAGUAAGAAAGUUAGUUCUCUAACGAUAGACGAUGUACGUGAAGCACAUUCCGGAAAUUAUACAUGUGUGGCUCAAAAUAGAGCCGGAUCGAGUACAGAAUCGACGGAAUUGCAUAUUAAUGUCCUUCCUCAAAUUCUUCACUUUGAUUUUGGAGACUCAUCUGUUAAUUCGGGCGAUUCAGCAUCCACUACUUGUAACGUACAUAAAGGAGAUUUGCCCGUUAACAUUACAUGGUCUCACGAUAAUAAAACCGUCAAUCUUCAAGACGGAAUACUGGUUACAAAGUUGGGGAAGAAAAUGAGUACCAUUAGUAUAGAUAUGGUGCAAGCACGUCACCGCGGCGUUUAUGUUUGUUCGGCAGAAAAUUCUGCCGGGAGGUCGUCGUAUUCUGCUGAAUUACAUGUAAACGGUAGCGAGAUAUGA